AUGUCCCUCCUCCAGUGUAGGAAUUUUUUGACUUUCUUUGUGACUUGCUGUCAGAUUCUGAUGUUGAUCAUUAUCUGCAACAAGAACUCAGAUCAGACAGACAGCCUCUGCAGCCCUUGUCUUGAUGAUUCGGAUUUUGCCCUCCUUGACCAAGCCUACCAGCUUGCAAAUCCCGACCAUCUAGACCUUCUCAAGCACCGCAUUUUUGGUCAUUCCACACAGAUUGAAUCUCAGGCUGAUUGGGCAACAGACCUUACUGGCAGUAUCACUGAGCCUGAAUCGGACGAGGACAUUGUACCUACUGCUAUCACUCUGAAGGCCCCCCCCAGUACUGGCAGCAUCACUGAGCCUGAAUCAGACAAGGAAGCUGUCUCUUGUACCACAGUACCAAAGCCUGAAUCAGAUUGGAGUAUCAUGGAGCCAGCUGACAACAUCACUCAGUCAGCACAAACUUGUCUGGACCAUUACUGCAUGUUCGCGACACCAAGUCCACCAGCUCCAGAUUCAGUUUACUGGAAAUAUUUUACAAAGGAGGAAGAUGCGAGAUGGAAUGAUCGUGCUGGGACAGAUGAGAGCUUCCGAGCUGUGUGA